AUGAUCUACCCGGUCGACGUCGUGCUCAAGGCGCCUGCGCAGUCCAAGCUCAUGGCGCUGCCACUGCUGUACUUGCUGCAGUCGCUCGACAAGACGUUCCUGGACCGCGUCCUUGCCGUGCUCGGCCACACGGACGGCCGCGACAAGACCGUCAAGAUCGUGCAGUACUUUUGCAAGCUGGCGCUCGCGUUGAACCAGGCCAAGUACAAACCGCUCAUUGGCACGCUGGCCAAGCAACUCAGCGGCGCGCGGCGGGUCAUGCGUCUGGGCAAGAGCCUCAAGGUCGUCAACAACUCGCUUGAUGCGCUCGCCGAGCCGGCGGGCUGGCAGCGCACCGCGGCCAUGCUCAGCGUUGGCGCCG